AUGUCCGAAGAAGCGGCAAAUUUACUCUGUCAUAAGAAAGGCAUAUUUUGUGAAGACCGCGACCGCGGAAAAGGCCUAUAUAAACCGAUCAAAUCAGCGCCAGGUAAUUUCUGGACUCAACAGAAAUGCUUCAUCGACGGGUGCAAAAACGAGAAAGUCUACACUUCCAAGGCACUACUAUUGAUGCACCUGAUGUCGAAACGGGCCCCUAGUCAUGCGAUGCCAGAAGAUGAGACGGAGUCAGCAAUUGAGGAUAAAGCCUAA